AUGCCAACCCCAAUCCCCGGCUUCCUCCUCCCGCGAGGCCCACCCUCAGCAUUGACCCUGCGCGCCCUCCAACGUCAAAGCACGCAACGCAGCUUCACCUCAACCAGCGCCGCCUUGAAGAAAGCCAGCAAAAGCAACACCAAUGCCAACUCCAAAUCUAGCGCCAGCUCCAAGCCCCGCGUCCUCGCAAAGCCCGACAGAUUCCGCCCACCCUCGCACCCCCAACGCCUCGUGACUCCAUCUCCGAAGAAUGCACCUCCAGGUCAACCAUUCGAGUAUGGCCCGCGCACGACAGAGAAAGAGCGUGUGCAGCAAAGCAAGACGCAGUAUCCGGGUAUGUUCCCGCCGGAGGGAACGGUGAUGUUUAAGUUCUUGACGAGCAAGUGGAUUCACAUUUGGAUUGCGAUGAGCGUCCUAAUCUCCUGCGCGGGAUUCACAUUUACAACAAACUUCAAAGCAACCUCGCCCUUCGCGCACCUGCUACCAUCCUGGUCGAGUCUGUUGACGUCGCCCGUCGGCACGAUCUCACAGGUCUUGUCUGUAUGGCGCAUGCACGUGGAGCACAACUCGAUGCGUGUGCGGGAGCAGCGACACCGUCGUGUUGAGGAUGCCGAGAAGAGGAAGCAGUAUCGCGUUGCGCAUGGGCUUGAGGAGGCGGAGCCUGAGAAGAAGAAGGAGGGUGGUAAUGAGGUUGAUUUGCAGUCGCCUGUUGCUGCUGUUGAAGGGGCGGAGGGUAAGGAAUUUGUCGAUUGGGAGGGGAAUAAGAAGCCUGUUAAGAAGUGGUUGGGGAUUUGGUGA